GCGGAUUGUUGGGGGUUGGGGGGGGGGAAAAGCGGGUUCCUCCCGGUUUUCCCCGCCCCCGCGUUGCACGGCGGAGCGAGGCGGCGUACGCGGAACCUCCGCACGCGGAACCUCCGCGGGGCCGCGCGGAUGUGGGUGCUGGAGGUGGCCGGGCAGCGGGCCCCGAAGCCGGCAGGUGCGGGCUGCAUGGAGAGGAGCGGCUGCAGCCCAUUCCCCAUCUGCUGGGCUAAAGAAUAUGACAGAUACCUAGCAUCUAGCAAAACCAUGGCAGCAGCUUACCUUGAUCCAAACUUGAAUCAUACACCAAGUUCAAGUGGAAAGACCCACCUCAGUACUGGGAUGGAGCGUUCCCCGGGGGCCAUGGAACGAGUCUUAAAGGUUUUUCACUACUUUGAAAACAGCAGUGAACCGACAACGUGGGCCAGCAUUAUCCGCCAUGGAGAUGCUACCGAUGUCCGAGGCAUAAUUCAGAAGAUUGUGGACAGUCACAAAGUGAAAAAUGUGGCCUGCUAUGGGUUACGGCUCAGCCACCUGCAGUCUGAGGAGGUUCACUGGCUACACCUGGACAUGGGGGUGUCCAACGUGAGAGAGAAGUUUGAACUAGCCCACCCUCCAGAAGAAUGGAAAUACGAAUUGAGAAUUCGAUAUUUGCCCAAAGGAUUUCUAAACCAGUUCACUGAGGACAAACCCACUCUAAAUUUUUUCUAUCAGCAGGUGAAAAAUGACUAUAUGUUAGAAAUAGCAGAUCAAGUGGACCAGGAAAUUGCUUUGAAACUAGGUUGCCUUGAAAUCCGGAGAUCCUACGGAGAGAUGAGAGGCAAUGCAUUAGAAAAGAAGUCCAACUAUGAAGUGUUAGAGAAAGAUGUUGGGUUAAGACGGUUUUUCCCGAAGAGUUUACUAGAUUCAGUGAAGGCCAAAACACUACGAAAAUUAAUCCAACAAACAUUUCGACAAUUUGCCAACCUCAAUAGAGAAGAAAGUAUUUUGAAAUUCUUUGAGAUCCUCUCUCCAGUGUACAGAUUUGACAAGGAAUGCUUCAAGUGUGCUCUCGGUUCAAGCUGGAUUAUUUCAGUGGAGCUGGCAAUUGGCCCAGAAGAAGGAAUCAGUUACCUGACAGACAAGGGUGCAAAUCCGACUCAUCUAGCAGACUUUAAUCAAGUGCAAACUAUUCAGUAUUCAAACAGUGAAGACAAGGACAGAAAAGGGAUGUUGCAGCUCAAGAUAGCAGGUGCCCCUGAGCCUCUGACGGUGACAGCCCCAUCCUUAACCAUUGCGGAGAACAUGGCUGACCUGAUAGACGGCUACUGCCGGCUGGUGAACGGAGCUACGCAGUCUUUUAUUAUCAGGCCACAGAAAGAAGGUGAAAGAGCUUUACCGUCAAUACCAAAGCUGGCCAACAAUGAGAAGCAAGGAGUAAGGUCACACACAGUCUCUGUGUCAGGAGUCAAUCACUGUCAGCAUAAAGUAAAGAAAGCUAGACGCUUUCUCCCUUUCGUCUUCUGUUCCCAUGAGCCGCCGCCUAAGGAUGAAAUUAGUGGGGACGAGACAGAUGACUAUGCAGAGAUUAUAGAUGAAGAAGAUACUUAUACAAUGCCAUCAAAAAGCUAUGGAAUAGAUGAAGCCAGAGAUUAUGAGAUUCAAAGGGAGAGAAUUGAGCUGGGGCGCUGCAUCGGUGAAGGACAGUUUGGAGAUGUGCACCAAGGAGUUUACAUGAGUCCGGAAAACCCGGCUAUGGCUGUUGCAAUCAAAACAUGUAAAAACUGCACCUCAGACAGCGUUAGAGAAAAAUUCUUACAAGAAGCCUUAACAAUGCGUCAGUUUGACCAUCCUCACAUUGUGAAGCUCAUCGGAGUUAUCACAGAAAACCCAGUUUGGAUAAUCAUGGAGCUCUGCACGCUUGGAGAGUUGAGAUCGUUUUUGCAAGUAAGAAAAUACAGCUUGGACCUGGCCUCCCUGAUACUCUACGCUUACCAGCUCAGCACAGCGCUCGCCUACUUAGAGAGCAAAAGAUUUGUACAUAGGGAUAUUGCUGCUAGAAACGUGCUGGUGUCUGCCACUGACUGUGUGAAAUUGGGUGACUUUGGUUUAUCCCGAUACAUGGAAGACAGUACUUACUAUAAAGCUUCCAAAGGAAAGUUGCCUAUCAAAUGGAUGGCUCCAGAGUCAAUCAACUUCCGACGGUUUACCUCAGCGAGCGAUGUGUGGAUGUUUGGUGUGUGUAUGUGGGAGAUCCUCAUGCACGGGGUAAAGCCCUUCCAGGGAGUGAAGAACAAUGAUGUGAUUGGGCGAAUUGAGAACGGUGAGCGGCUCCCAAUGCCUCCAAACUGCCCUCCUACCCUCUACAGCCUUAUGACCAAGUGCUGGGCGUACGACCCUAGCAGACGACCCAGGUUUACUGAACUUAAAGCACAACUCAGUACAAUACUGGAGGAAGAGAAGCUGCAGCAAGAAGAACGAAUGAGAAUGGAAUCCAGGCGACAAGUCACAGUAUCCUGGGACUCGGGAGGAUCGGAUGAAGCUCCUCCCAAGCCCAGCAGGCCUGGUUACCCCAGUCCCAGAUCCAGUGAAGGCUUUUACCCAAGUCCACAGCAUAUGGUACAGCCAAACCAUUACCAGGUGUCUGGCUACCCCGGUUCUCACGGGAUACCAGCCAUGGCGGGCAGCAUUUACCCUGGGCAGGCUUCUCUCUUGGAUCAAGCAGAUUCCUGGAACCACCGGCCUCAGGAAAUAUCAGUGUGGCAACCAAACAUGGAGGAUUCGGGCACUUUGGACAUCCGAGGAAUGGGCCAGGUUCUCCCCACACACCUCAUGGAGGAGAGGUUGAUACGACAGCAGCAGGAGAUGGAGGAAGAUCAGCGCUGGCUGGAGAAAGAGGAGCGAUUCCUGAAACCCGACGUGCGGCUCUCCAGAGGCAGCAUCGACCGCGAGGACGGAGGUCUCCAGGGCCCAGCUGGCAACCAGCACAUAUAUCAGCCUGUGGGUAAGCCAGAUCACGCAGCUCCGCCAAAGAAGCCCCCCCGCCCCGGAGCCCCCAGCCACUUGGGCAGCCUGGCCAGCCUCAACAGCCCCGUGGACAGCUACAACGAGGGCGUCAAGCCAUGGAGGAUCCAACCGCAGGAGAUCAGCCCUCCUCCUACGGCCAACCUGGACCGCUCCAACGACAAGGUCUACGAGAACGUGACGGGGCUGGUGAAAGCAGUGAUAGAAAUGUCCAGUAAAAUACAACCGGCGCCGCCGGAGGAGUACGUGCCCAUGGUAAAGGAGGUUGGUUUGGCAUUAAGAACCUUACUGGCGACGGUAGACGAGAGCCUCCCGGUGCUUCCUACCACCACCCACCGAGAGAUCGAGAUGGCCCAGAAGCUGCUGAACUCGGACCUGGCCGAGCUCAUUAACAAGAUGAAGCUGGCCCAGCAGUACGUGAUGACCAGCCUGCAGCAGGAGUACAAGAAGCAGAUGCUGACGGCCGCUCACGCCCUGGCGGUGGAUGCCAAAAACUUGCUGGAUGUCAUCGACCAAGCCAGGCUGAAGAUGAUCAGUCAGUCCAGACCCCACUAAGUGCUGAAGGAAGAGUUUUUUCAUCAUCAGAAGAAGAAUUCCGCUUGCGAAAGGAUGUUCUUCCACCUCCCACCAGCAGCGAGGAUUAACCCCAGCACGGUCCUGGCUCGGAGCUGACUGACGGCUCUCGGUUCUCUCUGGUGACAAAAAGUUUAACCCCAGUUUUUAUAUGGUAAAAGCUGAGCUGGUCUGGGAUUCCAACAGCGGCAUCAUCCCCCCGUGUCCUCGGGGAACGGAGCGCGCUCAGCCCAGAGCUGCCGCCGGGGCUACGGCCUCGGGGCCAAAACUUACCCCGAGCGGCAGAGCGGAGAAAGAAUAUUGUGAAGUGAAGAAUUCGGGGAAACCUCAGGGCUGAGAAUUCUUGCCCACAGUAUAUGAACUAUCCAGACUGGAAUUUUUUUUUUUUUUAUUAGAACACUUAACGUCGCAAUAUGCUAAUCACAAUUUACAGAGAAAGAAUAAAAAAAGCUAUAUUUUCAAGACUUCGGUCAUUUCAAGACAAACUAAAAGCCCUCUUCAUCUUCCUGCCUUUUACUUUUAUGUGAAUGUGUGAAGCAUUUGUUUGGAACUAGCUGUAGAACACAACUGAAAACUCGUCUCUUUUUUUUUUUGUUUUUCCACCAGAAUAACGUGCCAGUUCUUUUGUAGCAACGUUGUUUUCCUUGGAAGCAAAAAUGCUGCUUUGUACCAGAGCAAUUCAGAGCUGCAUUUAGAGGAGUUCUGUAACCAUUCAUGUCCCCCCCAUUUUUAUAUAAUUUAUAAAGACAGAUUAAAGCCAUGUUGAAUAUUUUAAACCCACUGUAGUUACUAACCCAUCCUUUUGUCUAUCUUGCCUGGGAGGAGUUACAGUAGAGCAGUGUAAUUAGAUUUUCCUUGGUUUUUUCCAGUUACGCCAUCUGUUCUGUUCAAAUACAAACCACACUCCCUUUUUGCUGUUGAGGGAUAUAAAUUAUUCUCAGGAAGAAUAUAAUGAACUGUACAGUUACUUUGACCUAUUAAAAAGGUGUUACCAGUGAAA